AUGGCGGGAGGGAACAUCAAGGUGGUGGUGCGGGUGCGGCCCUUCAAUGGAAGAGAAAUUGACCGUGGAGCAAAAUGUAUCGUGCAAAUGAAAGACGCCCAGACGGUCCUGACACCGCCCCCAGAAUUUGAAGCUCGGAAUGGGAAAGCUGGGAAAGACGGAGGUCAGAAAGUUUUUGCAUUCGACAGAUCGUACUGGUCCUUCGACAAGUCCGACUCGAAUUAUGCUGGACAGGACAAUUUGCACAAUGACCUCGGGAAACCCUUGUUGGACAACGCAUUUCAGGGAUAUAACAAUUGUAUUUUCGCAUACGGACAAACGGGAUCUGGCAAAUCUUAUUCGAUGAUGGGCUAUGGUCCGGAAGCAGGAGUUAUCCCCAAAAUUUGCCAGGACAUGUUCGAACGAAUUGGGACCCUGCAAGAGGACAAGAACCACCGCUGUACAGUGGAGGUAUCCUACUUGGAAAUUUACAAUGAGCGUGUUCGAGAUUUGUUAAAUCCUUCAACCAAGGGCAAUCUCAAGGUCCGCGAACAUCCAUCUACUGGGCCGUAUGUGGAAGAUCUGGCGAAGUUGGUGGUGAGUAGCUUCAACGAAAUUGAGAAUUUGAUGGAUGAAGGAAACAAAGCUCGUACGGUUGCUGCUACGAAUAUGAAUGAAACAAGUAGUCGAAGUCAUGCCGUAUUUACUCUUACUCUCACGCAGAAGAAACAUGACGUGGAAACAAACCUGGCUAUGGAAAAGGUUGCAAAGAUCAGUCUUGUUGAUCUUGCUGGAUCCGAACGUGCAAAUUCUACUGGCGCAACCGGGGCACGAUUGAAGGAAGGUGCUGAGAUUAACAGGUCUCUCUCAACACUGGGUCGAGUUAUAGCCGCGCUAGCGGAUCUUUCUGAGGGGAAAAAAAAGAAAGGGAAAGCUACGAACCAAGUGCCUUAUCGUGACAGUGUUCUCACCUGGCUUUUGAAGGAUUCUCUCGGUGGAAACAGUAUGACAGCUAUGAUAGCAGCUAUCAGUCCGGCGGACAUCAACUUUGAUGAGACCUUGAGCACGUUGAGAUAUGCAGACAGCGCUAAGCGAAUUAAGAACCACGCGGUCGUGAACGAGGAUGCAAAUGCCCGAAUGAUACGCGAGCUCAAGGAAGAAUUGGCAAGCCUCCGAAGUAAACUAAGUGGCGGCGGAGGGGCCACGGAGGAGGUCUAUGCCGAAGGAACACCGUUGGACAAGCAAAUUGUCAGUAUUGUAGCACCAGAUGGAACAGUCACAAAGGUUUCCAAAGCGGAAAUUGCAGAGCAGCUCAACCAGAGCGAGAAGCUCUACUCCGACCUGAACCAGACCUGGGAGCAAAAGCUUCAGAAGACGGAAGAAAUUCACAAAGAACGGGAAGCUGCUCUAGAGGAAUUAGGUAUUAGCAUAGAAAAAGGCUUUGUUGGGUUACACACACCCAAAAAGAUGCCGCAUCUGGUCAACUUGUCGGAUGAUCCAUUACUGGCCGAGUGCUUGGUGUAUAAUCUGAAACCAGGUACAACAACUGUUGGUAACGUUGAUGCAAACGCUGAGCAAGCUGCGGAAAUUCGUCUCAAUGGGUCUCGGAUAUUGGAAGAGCACUGCUCUUUCGAAAAUGUUGACAAUGUGGUAACACUCUUGCCCAAGGAAGGGGCCGCAGUAAUGGUCAAUGGGAAGCGUAUCGUGGAACCGAGAAGACUGAGAAGCGGUUAUCGAGUAAUUCUGGGCGAUUUUCAUAUUUUCCGGUUCAACCAUCCUAUGGAAGCCCGCGCGGAAAGAGCAGAGAGCUCAUUACGACAUUCGGUGCUUGCAAAUCAGCUACAGGAUUACGACAAAGCCUCUCCAUCCCCUAGCCCCAGACCAGGCCACUCCAGAACAUUUAGUAAGGCUACCUCUGAGGCAGACUGGGAUGGGAGCAGGCCCGAUUCCCCAAUGCCCCAACAAGGGGGAGAUUCAGACUGGUCUUUUGCCCGGCGAGAAGCUGCUAGUGCUAUACUUGGAACUGAACACAAGAUCACUGGCCUUAGUGAUGAAGAGCUUAACCUGCUAUUUGAGGAUGUGCAGAAGGUGCGAGCGGAACGGGCGAACAGAGAAUUGGAUGACGAUCUUGAUUCGGUCACCUCAUAUCCUGUGCGAGAGAAAUAUUUGUCAAAUGGGACGCUGGACAAUUUCUCGCUUGACACUGCGCUCACGAUGCCAUCGACGCCUAAACAAGGCGAGGUUGAGGACAAAAUGCGGGAGGUGCGAGAGGAGAUGCAAGUACAGUUGGACAAGCAAAAGGAGGAUUAUCAAGAGCAACUCAAAUCUGCCGAAGCUGCAAAUGUCGAGGUAGAGGAGAUUAAAAAAGAAAAGGCCCGGAUGGAAGAGAGUUUACGAGAAGUGAAAGAGGACAUGCUCUUGCAGCUAGAAGCCCAGAGGAAAGAGUUUGAGGAACGUCUCCAACAGAUAAGUCCCAACAAAAAAGUCCAGCUGGAUGGCCCUGCACCAUUGACCGAGCAAGAAAUUUCGAUCGCCAAAAGAGUGACGGACCACUGGAGGGGUCGAAGAUACGUCCGUAUGGCCGAGGCCGUAUUGCAGUCUGCAGCAAAUCUCAAAGAAGCUCAAGUUAUGAGUCAAGAAAUGGACGAAUCUGUCGUCUUUCAAUUUGCGAUUGUUGAUGUUGGCCAUGAACUUUGCUCGUCAUACGACAUGGUGUUGAACGGAAUAUCGGGAGAAGGGGAUGAUUUGUUCCUGGAGGACGCAAAGAAGCCCUGCAUUGCUGUUCGUGUGAUCGACUAUAGGAGCAGUGUGGUACACCUUUGGAGUCUACAGAAACUGCAGGACAGAGUGAGGCUCAUGCGGCAAAUGCAUCAAUACAUGGAUCGCCCAGAGUACUUGCAACACUUUCGUUUGGACAACCCUUUUGUGGAGACGUGCAUGCCUCAGUAUACCCAUAUUGGCGAUGUAGAUGUCCCACUAGCUGCUGUCUUCGAAAGCCGUGUGCAGGACUUCAGUCUUGACGUGGUUUCUCCUUACACGUCGCAUGCCAUCGGUAUCAUCAAAUUGUCGCUAGAACCAUCUUCAGCUCGAGCGCCCUCUAGCACGCUAAAGUUUAAUGUCGUAAUGCACGACAUGAUCGGCUUUGCGGAGAGAGAAGGCACUGAUGUCCAUGCCCAAUUAUUCCUGCCUGGCAUAUCUGAAGAUGGUGGCGUCACGACAACACAAAUGAUAAAAGACUUCGACGAAGGGCCUAUCCGUUUUGAAAGUGUCCACAGCAUGAGUGUACCUAUGUUUGGUCCGAUGAACGUCUCUUUACGCGUUGCGAUAUUCUCUAAAGUCUCUUCUAUGCAUUUAGAUAAAUUACUUAGCUGGGACGAUAUGCAGGAUCAUCCACCCCGUCCUACUAAGAAGCGCAAGAGUGCUCGUAUCGCCGAAUCACAGUUCUUUACUGAAGAAAAGCACGAUGUUUUUUCUCGUGUGCAAAUCCUUGAACUGGCGGAAAACGGAGACUAUCUUCCUGUUGAAAUUAUUCAGACAAGCGAUCUUGAUAAAGGGUCCUUUCAGUUACACCAAGGACUUCAGAGGCGGAUUCUUAUCAACCUCACGCAUAGUUCCGGUGAAGCUUUGCCAUGGAAUGAGACGGGGAAUCUGCGCGUUGGCAAAGUACAGCUGAUUGACCAUGUCGGCAAAACACCAGACUUGGGCUCCCCCACCCCAGAAAUACCGUUGAAGAUAGUGUCAAAACCUAUCAUUGCAGCAAAUCCUAACGGAACGACUACGGUGACGAUGAUUGGCCAAUGGGACUCAAGUGCUCAUGCUUCAUUGCUACUUGACCGCGUUACCGCAGACAAAUAUAAGGUCCAAAUGUCUGUAUUUUGGGACAUAACUUCUAAUAAACUGGCUGAGCCGAUGACCUUUUCGAUGAAUGUCUGCUCGCAGAUCCUUCCGCGCUCGCAUAUUCGUUCUACAUCUAUGUUCGCCUCGUUAUGGCAGAGCGUGCGUAUAGUACACUCAAUGAGUGGCAUCUUUUCAGUUUCGGUUCGGCCUCGGCCAGUCAAACGUGCUGGGGAUCUUUGGCGGAUGAGCACCAAUAAUGACUACGUAAAGGGUGAAGAGGGAUUGACAAAUUGGGCACCGAGAGGUGUAUCUCUGAUUCGAGAUUACAUCGCAGCCAGGAGGCGGAAACAGCGAAUUGCAGAUAUUGAGGCAGCUAAACCGGUCCUCGCCAAAGUCACAUUUCCUGAGAGAGAUGUCGUGGAGGCACAAUCAGCCGAAAGAAAUUUGGUCGAAACUCCAUUGACAAAGCAACAACAAACACUCCUUCACAAAUACCUCAACCUGUGGCAUCUAUGUCAUGACCCCACGACGAGUAUUCUCGGGUCAGCAAAUGUCGAACCACCAUCAAAUGGUGUAUCAACGCCACCUCCCGCGCCGUCUGCCUCGCCAAACCUCUUAGCUACUAUCUCCCUCGUUCACAAAAAUCCCGAGAUCCUCAAAGGCGGCACCCUACUCACUCCUUCAGCUGACAGCACUCGCUGGGAACGUCGUUUUGUCGAAUUGAGACGGCCAUAUUUACAUAUGCAUUCCGUUCCAGACGGCGAGGAAGUCUGCGUGAUUGCCCUACGAAAUUCACGCGUAGACCAUAAACCUCAAAUCGCAAAGCUACUCAAGAGAGACGGUGCAAACAAUCGAGGCCGCGCCGGGGAACGGGAUGAAGAAAAAGUAUUCGCGGUCUACGGCACUGACAAUACCUGGUUAUUCAAGGCGCGAAGCGAGCGCGAGAAAGUAGAAUGGAUAUUUAAAAUCGAUCAAAGUUAUUUCAGUAAUGGUGGAAGCUCCGGAGGAAGUGGGAGUGAAAGUGAAUGA